ACUUGAUCUUUUAUCAUCUCAUUCGGAUACCCUCCGUUCCUCUGAGAAUAUAUACCAAACAUGAUAUUCCACCUCCUUCCAUUUCCUUCCAUUGCCCUCUAACCAAACUGGGCCCAAGGAUGAUGAGCCGACGACUAGUGUGAGUAGUAGUGUAACCUAUUACAGAAUCUGUAACUAUGGUGCUCUCUGUCAUGCCAAGCCUGCCUUCCCAUACUCUCCCUUUGAACAAUGACAACAAUUUCCACCACCAUACCCAUCUGCUUAAUUUCUUAAAGCAAUGUACCACCAUGUCUCAGCUCAAACAAAUCCACGCGCAAACCCUUCGUACUACAUCGAACCACAAUCCAAACACCCUCCUUCUCUACAGUCGCAUUCUCAACUUCUUAUCCUUAUAUGACCUCGACUACGCUUUUCGACUUUUUAACCAUGCUGGCAAUCCCAAUUCCUUCAUGUGGAACACUCUCAUCAGAGCUUGUGCUCGUAGCAGUGACCGCAAAGAACAAGCCAUCCAACUUUACCAUGAAAUGUUGAACGAAGGAAGUGUUUCGCAAGACAACCACACGUUUCCUUUUGUUCUCAAAGCGUGUGCGUACUUGUUUGCUAAAUCGGAAGGGGAACAGAUUCAUGGCCAUGUUUUGAAACUUGGGUUUGAUUCGGAUGUGUAUAUAAACAAUAGUCUCGUCCAUUUCUACUCUAGUUGUGGGUGUUUGGAGUCUGCGCAGAAAGUGUUUGAGAAUAUGCCUGAAAGAAGUGUGGUUUCGUGGAAUGUUAUGAUUGAUGCUUUUGUUCAAUUGGGUGAGUUUGAUAAGGCGCUGAAACUGUUUGGUGAGAUGCAGAAGUUGUUUGAGCCAGAUGGGUAUGCAAUACAGAGUGUUUUAAGUGCUUGUGGUGAUUUGGGGGCUUUGUCUUUGGGGAUGUGGGCUCACGCUUAUGUUUUGAGAAAUUGUGAUUCUGAUGUAGCUAGUGAUGUUUUGCUGAAUAAUUCAUUGUUGGAUAUGUAUUGCAAAUGUGGGUCAUUGGAGAUAGCGCGGCAGGUCUUUGAGAGGAUGGAUAAACGGGAUGUAACUUCAUGGAAUUGGAUGAUUCUGGGAUUUGCGGUGCAUGGACAUGCUGGGGCAGCAUUGGAGUAUUUUACCCGAAUGGUUGAUGAAGAAGGAUUGAUGCCUAAUUCUAUCACAUUCGUCGGUGUUUUGAGUGCGUGCAAUCAUAGAGGCAUGGUUGGUGAGGGUCGCAAGUAUUUUGAUAUGAUGAUUACUGAGUACAAGGUUAUACCGGUGUUGGAGCACUAUGGUUGCCUUGUUAAUCUCCUUGCUCGUGCUGGCUUUAUUGACGAAGCAUUAAAUAUUGUAUCAAACAUGCCCAUGAAACCUGAUGCUGUGAUCUGGAGGAGCCUUCUUGAUGCUUGUUGCAAGAGAAACGCAGGUGUCGAGCUAAGUGAAGAAGUUGCCAGGCAGGCGUUUGAGUCAGGAGGUGACAUUUGCAGUGGUGUUUAUGUACUUCUGUCCAGAGUCUAUGCGUCAGCAAGUUGGUGGAAUGAGGUUGGAUUGGUGAGGAAGUUGAUGACUGAUAAGGGUGUGAAGAAAGAGCCUGGGUGUAGUUCAAUAGAGAUUAAUGGUGUCAACCAUGAAUUUUUUGCUGGGGACUCAUCUCAUCCUCAAACGAAAGAUAUAUAUAAGCUUCUGGAUGUUAUUGAAGAGAGACUAGGAGCAAUAGGAUAUGAACCUGACUUCUCACAAGCACCUAUGGUUGAUGAACCUGAUGAUGAAAAGCAACAUUCGCUUAAACUGCACAGCGAGAGACUUGCCAUUGCGUUUGGGCUCUUAAACAUGAAACCAGGGGUACCAAUUCGGAUAUUCAAAAACCUUCGUGUCUGUAAUGACUGUCACAAUGUAACGAAAUUGAUCUCCAGAAUAUUCAAUGUGGAGAUUAUUGUUAGAGACCGUGCUCGAUUUCAUCACUUCAGAGAUGGCUCUUGCUCCUGCAUGGAUUAUUGGUAACUGUUUUCUUUUGUAAGUUGUAUAAAACAAUUAUUAAUUCUUA